GUCUGUCCGGUAGAGGGCGGUAAACAUUCAGCCGAAGCACAGCAUCUUCGGUGAAGCACCGUCUCAAACCCCGCACACCUGGCACGAAACAUCCGAGCAAAACCUAACGUUGUGCUGUGCGACUGCUUUGAUGCCAAACUGACUGGCGCAUAUGUUUGUCUGAAAGCCUGACUUUUACACUGGAUGUGAAAAUGAAUCCCCAGGAUCCCCAAAAGAUCACCCUGAUCAGCACAUGCACCGUUUCUCUGCACGACCGCUUCACCAGUUUGCUGAAGCAUCAGCCGGCAGACGUGGUGGACAUCUCGGCCUCAGUGAACAAGCAGACCGCGGCCUCGCUGAAGAACCAGCGCCUGGCUCUGGAGAUGGCCGACAGACCUUCUGUGCUGGCCGCCCUCCAUAACACAUCUAAUAUAAAUAAUCAACUGUUCAAAGUGAGCGUGAAGGCGAGACUCGGCUGUCCCACGGGGAGAGGGGGCAUGAUGGGAUUGAGGGGGCAAGUGAGAGGAGGUGGCGGGGGUGGCAGAAGAGGACUGAUCAGAGGAUUUUACGCAAGGGGAAACAUGAGAUGUCUGCGAGGAGUAGUCUCCUCUCUAGGCGUUCAGAAGCGGUGGAGCCAGCAACAGCAAGGAGGAAAUGGGAAUUGGACUGGACCAGUGGGAAACAGAGGGGGAGGAGCCAUUGGAAAGACAGGUGGCCAUUUCAUGCCUGUCAGUAGGGUGCAUUCAGGCCGGGCCAGAUUUGACAGCCACCAGAUUCCUUCUCGGGAGCAGUUGGAUGAACAACUGGACGAGUACAUGUCCAUGACCAAGAGCCAUCUGGAUGCCGAGCUGGACGCAUAUAUGGCUGAGGUGGAUUUGGGUGACAGCUUGUGAUUGAGCUCCACUGCAUAUUUCUUAGUUCAACCCUUACUAAUGGAGCAUGAAGUCUGACUUGCGGAUAGACUGCUCUGUUACAGGGCUAUUUGUCCUCAUUGAUUGACUCCAGCGGACUUGAACUAAUUGUAUAUAGUCACUGCGUCCCCCAGAGCUGCUUAGGAACCUUUGACUUCCAGGUUGUUACACUAAUUAAACAAUCAUUAUUUUUCCCACAGUCUUACUGAACAAGAAAGAAUUGAAAGCUUUCCGAAGGCUUGUGGUGCUUACGAGGGAAACUUAUUUUAGUAGUCCAGCAUGAUGUUGUUUCAAAAAAAAAAAAAGUUUCACAUUAUUUGAUAAGCAGUUCCAUUGAAUACACGCAUUAAAUAGACACUAAUCACACCUCAAAUAAAAGUUCGCUAGUUAAUAUUUCUAUAAGCUGUCUUUUCUUUUUCACAACAGGGUUUUGUAUCAUUCUGAUUUCAUUAGAAUAUGCAAGAUUUUCUGUACACAUUUAUAUUGUAACAUUAUGUGUUACAGGUGGUGAUUAAAAAAAAAAAAAAAAAGUUCACGUGGAACUGUUUAAACAUUCACCCUGUGGUGAUAGUUGGUUUUCCUACUCUUUAAUAAAAGGAUGUUUGUAAAUUGC